CACCGUCGAAGGAGAGAGAGAGAGAGAGCCAGAGAGGGGCAGGCAGUCGUAGACAAACACAACGCCUGGAGCCAGCAGCCCUCCGUUCCUUUUCCACCUCUGCUGCUCUGCCUUGCCCCUCCUCCGUCCCCGUCCGUCUCCGCCCAGAUCCAGAUCCAGGAGAAGGGGGGAAAGAGGAAAGAAAGUGUUGCAACCGAGACAAUGGCGGCAGACUCUGGCGCUCGUAGGCAGCCAACCUUCACCAAGGUUGACCAGCUGCGCCCGGGGACCCACGGCCACAACCUCAUCGUCAAGGUCGUCGACUCCAAGAUGGUCGUCCAGAGGGGCCGCGAGGGAGGGCCCCAGGGCAGGCAGAUGAGGAUUGCUGAGUGCUUGGUCGGCGAUGAAACCGGCAUCAUCGUCUUCACUGCAAGAAACGACCAAGUGGAUGUAAUGAAGCCUGGAACAACUGUUGAACUGAGGAAUGCAAAGAUUGACAUGUUCAAGGGUUCGAUGCGGCUCGCAGUGGACAAGUGGGGAAUCGUGAAGGCUGCUGAAAGCCCGGCUGAGUUCACAGCGAAGGAGGACAACAACAUGUCCUUGAUUGAGUUUGAGCUAGUGACCGUGGUGGAGUGAAAACCUUUUGUGUAGGAGGUGGCAUGUCAUGUUAUGUUGCUGAACCUGUUCGUUGCCACUAAAAAAAAAUAAACAAAUCAUGGUUGAUGUUAUCCUCCUAUGCGUUGGAGGUUGACUAGUGAUGUUUAGUUAUCAAAGUCAACUGGUCCACAUCUCUGAGAUAGAUUGCAGUGUGAUGUAGCCCAUCACGGUUGGACCUGUUAUAAUGCCUUGUUGCCUAUUUGCUGACGUCGUUGGGUUGCC